AUGUUGCGAGUGAUACUUCCGGUGUUGAUUUUCGUGGUAUGUUUGAUAUUCUGCUGUACCGCGUGCUCGCCGGAUAUUGGCCAGUCGUUGGAUUUGAAACAGUUUGCAGGAGAAUGGUUUUUUGCGGCUGGGACCCCGAUCAACGAGAGUUUAAGUAGAUGCGGAAGGUUCCUGGUUAGACAAACAUCCUAUACUACCUUCUCGAUAAAAUACACUGCCGUUAGUUACAAAAAUAAUAUUCCGAUAAGUUUCAACGUCGAUGGAAGUGUCGAGGGAAAUAAGAUCGUUGGAACUUGGCAGUUGCAGGGAUCUAAGAGGAUACUUGGACCGUUCCGCCACGUUAUAUUGUACGCAAAGUACAAAAGCGUUGUUGGCAUGCUAGUCUGUUCGGAGAAUGGCUCGUCUCACCAGCAACGGUACAAGUUCUCUAUGAUUUGGUCCCGAGAGAGAAGUCUGCCUUUGCCGGUCCUGAAGGAGCUCAAGUCCAAACUGGGAGUAUACAUUAAUCAAGGGGAAAUUCGGAUGGUGGAUCAUGGGAACUGUUAA